AUGAUUCCUCUUUAUGUUACCAAUGGUUCUGCAUAUGUUUGGAAUUCAGAAGAUUGGUACACAUUACGUGUAAAAUAUCGCAUUUGUGGUGCUUUGAUUGGUUCUCUUCCAUCAUUUCCUAGGCAAAAUGACUUUCAAGGGCUACCUGUGUCUCUUAUGACAGAAGAGGCAACACUAUUAGUCAAUGAAGGCAUAUGUGAAUUGAUUAGUAUUACAGACUUAAAUGUGAAGCCAUCUGAUGAUUUGAAGCAGCAAAUUGAUGACUGUGAAAACAGAAUAAUACUUGAACAAACAGAAGCUUUAAAAAAAAGGAAAAUUGAGCAGUUAUCACAAAAAAUUGAUAUCAUUGUAGCUGGUAAAAAACAAAAACUAUUAUCUAAAGGAAUCUCAGAUGUUGAUUUAGAUAAAAACAUUUUAUUACAAGAAGAAAUUAACAAAAUUCCUAAUAUUGCACCAGGGCACUUACUUGUACAUUUACCAACUCAGCAUCAUUUAAAAUGUAAUGAGAAAAAAAAUUUAUCUACCGAUGUCCUGGAUCCUAGCCUCAGAACUGAAAAAGGAAAAAUAAAAUAUGCAGUAUUCAAUGAUUUAUGGAAAAAUGGAUAUUAUUUAACGAAUGGAUCAAAAUUUGGAUCAGAUUUUUUAGUUUAUCAAGGUGAUCCAGUAAAAUUCCAUGCUACAUACAUGGUGAAAUGUACCAGUGUUGCAACAAAAUUUCGUCCAGCUAAUUUAGUCACAUUUGGAAGAUUGUCUGUUGCUGUAAAUAAACUUGCAAUCUUAGCCUAUUUCAAUAAUACUGGUGCAAUAGAAUACCAAACAUUACAAUGGCAUGACAGUGUAGUAAGAUAA